AUGCCGAAGUUCCGCGGAGCGACGCUUUUCCUUUGUUUGUUGACGGCGCUGGACGCGGCGCGCUCCCCGGGAGGCGUUCAGGGUCCCGAUGAGGACGCCUUCUCCAUCCAGCACCGGGGCUCGGGGGCGUGUCUGAGCGCGGACCCCUCGGGCGCCGUGACGACGGCGGCCUGCGAUGCGGGCGCGGCGGCCCAGCGGUGGAAGUGGGGCUCGGCCCACCGGCUCUUCCACGCCGCCACCGCCCGCUGCCUGGCGCUGGACGUCCGCUCCAAGGCGCUGGCCCUGCUGGACUGCGGCGCCGGCGCCCACAUGGGCUGGCGCUGCCUGGGCGGGGGCGCCGUCCACACCGCCUACCAGAUGGAGCUGGCGAUGUUCACUCGGCUCCCCGUGGUCCACACCAUCAACGGGAACUCUGCCGGAAUCCCCUGCGAGUUUCCCUUCAAGUACAACGGCAGCUGGCAUCACGGAUGCCUCCCGGAUGAGGAUUCUCCUGGACUCUCCUGGUGCGCCACCUCCUCAGACUACGACCUGGAGAAGAAAAAGGGGAACUGUCUAUUACCUGAGCGCGGUUGCCAAACCCUGUUCGCUGGUCCGGAAGGGGAGUUCUGCUUCGAGUUUGCCUCCAGCGCUGCGGUGACCUGGCACGAGGCUUUGGACUCGUGUCGCAGUCAGGGGGCCGACCUGCUCAGCCUGACCGGGCCCGCCGACCUCACCUCGGACUCCUUUUCGGACGGCCUUGGCGGAAUGCCUUCAAAGAUGUGGAUCGGCCUUCACCAGCUGGACGUCUCUCAGGGCUGGCAGUGGUCAGACGGCUCGCCGCUCUCCUUCUUGAACUGGGACGAAGAGGAUGUGAAGUUUCUGGAGACGGCGUGUCCGGAGGGCUGGGUGCCGUGGAGCGGCUGGUGCUACAAGCUAGUGCAGGACACCCCCGCGAACUUCCAGGAUGCCCAGCUGCACUGCACCGACGAGGAGGGAGGACGCUUGGCCAGUUUCCAUUCGGUCGACAGCAAAGAGAUGGUCAGCACGUAUUUCCACGCAGAUCGAGGUUCUCUGGAUGUGUGGAUUGGUCUGAAGGGUGUUGGAAAGGACGCCAACGUCUUCGAGUGGACGGACGGGGAGCCGGUCACCUUCACCUUCUGGGGCCCCAACCAACCCGUCCAGCCGGCCCCCAACUCCAGCUGCGUCUUCUACUCCGGGCAGGGGUGGAGGCGACAUGCGAACUCCUGCUACAAAGUGAACACCGAUCCAGUGCCCUUCAAAGAUCACUGUAACAUUACGAUACGAAACAGAUUCGAGCAGGCCUUCAUCAACCGCCUGCUGGGAGAGUACAUAGGCAAGGAAACGCAGCACUUCUGGAUCGGGAUGCAGGACAUGAAAAGCACGGGGGAGUACCAGUGGACGAGACAGGACGCGUCCUCGGGCGCGGCCACCUACACAAACUGGGGCUGGUUUGAACCAACGCGUCCUGGAGGCUGCGCCGCCAUCUCCACCGUGAAGCCUCUCGGCAAGUGGGAGGUGAAGAACUGCACCCUCUUUAAAGCCGGCACCAUCUGCAGAACAGACCUCAGCCCGCCUCCACCUCCGGAACCGGAGCCCAACCCGAACGCCACCUGUCCCGACGGAUGGGUGUCCAGGCCUCAAAUCAAAAACUGCUACAAGGUGUUUCACGAGGAAAGGCUCAGCAGGAAGCGCUCCUGGGAGGAAUCCAGGAGGUUCUGUCAGGCUCUGGGAGCCGACCUGGCCAGCUUUACCAACAUUCAAGAAAUGAGGGCCCUGCACAACAUCAUGAGGGAAAGCAUCAGUGAUAAUCGUUACUUCUGGGUAGGCCUGAACAGGAGGAACCCAGCUGACCGGUCCUGGACGUGGAGCGACGGCCGGCCGGUUUCCCUGGAGGUUUUCCACCAGGAUUUCCACGAGGAUGACGCCUACAGUCGGGACUGCGCAGCAUUCAAGGUUCCCCGCCGUUCCUCCUCUGGACCUCUCAUGCGGGGAUGCCACCUCCCCCGGACGCUGAGGAGCUCCCUGACGCACCUCUAUGUGUUCCUGGUCCACGACAUCCCGCCCACGCCCUUCUACGCCGUGCCCUUCCACUGCGACGCGCGGCUGGAGUGGGUCUGCCAGAUCCCCCGCGGGCGGACGCCGAAAACCCCAGAGUGGUACCAGCAUGGGGGUCACCACAAUACGUCCGUAUUUAUGGACGGAGCCGAGUUUUGGUUCGUGACGGAGCCCAAGCUGACUUUUGAAGAAGCGAAUCUUUACUGUGCGGCCAAUGACAGCAAGUUGGCGUCUCCACUGAGCUCCAGCGCCGCUUUAAAGAUCCAGCAGCAGCUUCAGAUGCUGUCAACUUCUGCUAAGCAAAACUGGUGGAUUGACAUGACCAAGCCGGGCCGGACGUUCCCCAUGUCGUACUCCCAGAUGUACUUCUACCAUUCCUUUUUCUUGGGGCGAUGCACCUUCAUCAGCUCCGAGAGUCCUUUUCCAGAGCAUGACCGCAGUUGCCAGCAGCGCUACUCCUUCGUGUGUGAAAAACACAACGUCACAUCGGUGGAGAUCGACCCUCUCGAGCCUCGGCCCGAAGGGCUGCCCUGCAUUAACGGCUCUCUGUCCUUCAGAAACAAGUGCUACACGCUGAUGAACGUGCCGGCCACAUCCUUCAGGUUGGCCAAUGAGGAGUGUCUGUCUGUGAGGGGAACUCUGGUCACCGUUUCAGAUCAAGUGGAGCAAGACUUCAUCAACACUCUCCUGCCGGGAAUGGCACAUAUGAAACAGAUCUGGAUCGGUUUGAAAAUCAAGCAAAGCGACCCCGCCUGGGUCGACAAUUCCCCGGUGAACUACGUCAAUUUUAACCCCCUCCUCCUGGGAAUGCACAAGGCCAUCCAAAUCAAUUCAUUUGACCAGGACAGUUUGAAUAUGUGUGUGUACCUGCUCAAUAACCCGGCCUCUGACAUGCUGGGGACCUGGGAUUAUUCCUCCUGCUCCUCGCUCCAAAGCCUGGGCAUCUGCCAACAUUAUGCAGAUAAACUGGAGGAGCCGGUGGUCCCCACAGAGAAGUUCAAAGUCAACAACCGGACCCUCCUCCUGAUUGUCAAAAAUCUCACCUGGUACGCGGCUCUGGAGGAGUGCAAGGCUCAGAAAAUGGACCUGGCCAGCGUGCCCGACACUCUCGUGCAGUCCACCAUCAGCGUGCACGUCCACCGUGCACAGAAGCCCAUGUGGAUCGGCCUUUUUAGUGAAGACGAUGGGAACCACUACCACUGGACGGACCGGAGCCACACCGUGUUCAGCCGCUGGUCGGCCGAGCCCAGCAGCGGCUCGUGCGUCUACCAGGACACCGACGGCUUCUGGAGAGCCACGGAGUGCGAGGAGGAGAUCCAGGGCGCCAUCUGCCAGGAGCCCCGCGAGGUGGAGAGCCCUACGCCAGAGAAGGCGGCUGUGAGGUGUCCUCACAACAUCAGCGGCCCAAACUGGAUCCCCUGGAGGAACGGCUGUUACUCCCUCCAGCUGGUGGCGUCCAGAUGGGACGCGUUUGAGAAAGGAAAAAUACAAGAAACCUGCAAGAGACUCCAUGCGGACGCCGACAUCCUCACCAUCCGAAACAAGGAGGAGAACGAGUUCGUCCGGAGCCAGCUGCUCCCGUUUCAGAGCCUGGUCCAGUUCGUCUGGCUGGGGCUCUUCAAAGACUUCAACGGUUGGUAUUUCUUAGAAAAAGAAAUUGGAAAAAAAGCUGGAACGCGGACGCUGUCUCGGGUCGAACGUAACCGCGGUUUGCCUUCUGCUUCAGACAAUCAGACAAAGUGGUACGACGGCACCAACGUCCAGUACUCCAACUGGGCCAAAGGCCGGCCGUCGGUGGACGAGCCCUUCAUGGCCGGCCUGACCACCGACGGCACCUGGAUCCUGGUCACCAACACCAACCUGCACGCCGAGUUCAGGCAGAAGUCCAUCGUGACCUGCAAGCUGGACUACGAGACGCCCCCCCCAAAAAAUCCGCUUCUGACCCUCCCGACUUUCCUUCUCGAAGGCUCCAAGCAGGAGUACAACCAGUCGUCCAAAGACUUCCAGCACUACGGCAGCCUGACCUACGAGGUGGUGGCCAAAAAGCUGAGCUGCCGACGCAGCCUUCUCCGUUUUUAA